AUGGCUGACAAUAAUGCUGCCCUCAUUCUUGCAAUCUCUUGGACGGAGACUUGCAUUGGGCUGAUCCUUUUCGCGCUGCGGUUUGUGAGCAAUUGGAAGUUCGUGGGCCGGUUCCGAUGGGAUUUUGCUAUCGCUGGCUUGACAGUGGCGACUGAGACCACAGCUCAGGUGUUUCUGCAGCUUUCAGUCAAUGCUGGAAUGGGCCAGCAUAUAAGUGCUCUCUCCGACGACGGUAUAGUUCUAGCGUUGAAAUGGUCGUGGGUAUUUCAGCUGCUGGCCAUCGCUGCUAGUAUGCUGGGUAAGCUUGCAAUUCUUGCUUUUCUGGUACAGAUCCGUGGUCGCCACGAGAAAAAACCAUGGCUGUUGAUUGUUCUUGGAGUGCUUAUUGGAGCGAUCAACAUUGCCGUGCUUGGAACUAUCCUCGGCCAGUGCCAGCCAAUGCACAAAUUGUGGGAUGACUCUGUGGAAGGAACUUGUGAUCCAGGGCGCAAGAUUAAUCAGAACUAUUCGUUCUUCCAAGCCAGCUUCAAUUCAUUCACUGAUGCGGUAUUGGCAACUUACCCGGUCCAUCUCUUCUGGAAGCUUCAAAUGAAGUUGAGGAUCAAGAUAGCCUUGUCUAUACUGAUGGGACUGGGAUGGAUAGCCGCAGUUUGCUCCGCUGUUAAAACAUACGAGCUCAAGGCGCUGACCGAAACAACAGACAUAACAUGGGCUCAAUCCUCACUCGUGAUAUGGGCGUCGACAGAAGCGUGGAUCGUCAUCGUUGUGGGCUGCGUGCCGCCGAUUCGACCUCUCAUGGAAAGAGUCCUCCAACGCCUCGGUCUGACCUCUAAGAAAACAUCCACGCCGUAUCAAUAUCGCAACUCGAGCGGAAACGCAGCCUAUGGCACGAACAAGUCCAACCCUACCAGCCAUACUCAUUUCCAAUCCAAUGCUUACCGCGGAAAGACCUUCGGUGGCGAAGAUGACGACCCGGGCUGGAUGGAGCUCACGGCGACCGAGGGGCCAAAUGGAAGCAAGGAACACAUUGUUAGCGGAUCCAGAGACGUGGUCAUCACUACCGACAUUGUGACUCGGUUCGAGGAUAUGGAGAACCAUGCCGGGCCGUCAUCGGGCGAUGACAGUAUCUCGGGAGAGGACUUGAUUCGACACAACACCAACGACAGGAAAGGUGUUUGA